GUCGAGGUGACCCCACCUGUACUUACCAUCGUCAUCACCAUCGACUGCUAGUGCAGGAGAUCGCCGUGGUUGGAUGUAAAAUCCACCAGAGUCGGUGAGCGCCAGGCCAUCAGAAGACACAAACGCAAACGGUACGUACCCAGGCACUUCAAGUGGAUGUCUUAAGUUCAAAUUAGACCAUCGGUGUUACAGCUCCUGCUGCAGAAUUGUGAUUUUUGUUGUGAUUUGUUAUUGCAGUGUAUGAAGUGAACUAAGUGCAGUAACUACCUUGACCAGAAAUUUGGAUUACUGCCUUAUUAUUUAGAUCAAUUCAUCAAAAAAUGCGACGGACUUAUCACUAAUUGAACGAAGAUGUCUCACUGCCUUACGAAAUGUUUCUGCAUCUGGCUGAUCGUCACACUAGCAGCUGGCCAAUCGAAUUAUGCGGAUCAAGCCAACAAUAUAGAAUACCAAGGAGAUGGAUUACCGGAACAAGGAAUUCUAGACGGAAAAGUUACCAAGCUCGAUGACCUCAGUCCUGUUAUAUUUUUAAAUAGAACAAAAGCUGCAUUAAAUUGUGCAGCAGGAUCUAUGCAAAUAGAACUCAAGUUCAACGACAAAUUCUAUGGAAUAGCAUACGCGCAAUUUGACAGGAAUUCGGCUUGUAGAGUAUACGGAAAAGGAGAGCAUAGCUAUAAGUUGGAGCUACCUUUAAAGGGGUGUGGAACCAAACAGAAUCCUCAACGUGUGUUCACUAAUAACAUAAUUGUUAGAUUCCAUCCUGGACUAGAAAUAGACGGAGAUGAAAUAAUUACAAUUGUUUGUAGAUAUCCACCACCAAUUGUUCCUCCACCUGCCCCACUUCCUAGGGUCGUGCCCGAAGCUCCAGUGGCAGCGGUAACAGCACCAUUAAAAGGAUUUCAAAUCCUGUUGAUUAUUUGUGGUAUUCUAUUUUUGUCUUUAUUAUUGCUCGGCUUAGGAUGUUCGUAUUACUGUUUAAGAAGGCGACCUGUGACAGUAUUCAGACAGCCAUUUUCUUCUGUGGGAACUGGAUCAGAAAUUACAAAAUUGUCGGGCAGUUCUCUUGGUAAUCUCUCAAUGUUUGAAGGUCUAAAAAUACCUCGGGCCAACGUACCUCCCUUGAUGGCAGCUGGCAGUACAGCCAGCGAAGGCCCGCUAAUGAGCGAUAAUCUCCCUUCAGACUACCCUUCAGAAUCUCAUUCCGAAAUCGACGUAGACACAGGUUCACUUCCUGUAUCCUCGGCAGGCUCCUACGACAACCAAGCCUACGUACAAGACACCUCCAGUAUUUACAGCGAAGGGUACGGUCACACUCAAGAGCAGCAAAUUCAAAACGCUGUGGCCAGCCCGACGUUUGUUCCAAGGCUACCGCUGGCUGUUAAAGAGCAGCAGCCUAGAUUCGAUGUGCAAGUCAAGGUCAAGAAGAGUCCGCUACCUCCUCCUAGUAUUUCGCUGUCUGACAGUGAGAGCACCAGAACUGAUAGGAAUUUGAGUACCAUUUUGGAACAACAAGAAAGUAUUAGAUCCUUGGAUUCUCCUCCCGUUAACGAAAGAACCCAAUUCACUUAUAUACCGGAAUUACAUCACCCACCUAAGUACAUUCAACCCGCCCCCACAUACAACAAAAUUCUUAGAAGGCAGAUGGAAAUGCAAGAAGAAAGAUUCGUGGCUCCUACUCCACCUCCACCACCGCCAAUCGUACCAAAACGGGAAUACAUAGUAGAAGAUAUGCCAGAUUCCUAUGAACCACCGAUUGCUGUAGUUCACAAACCAGAAAUAACCUCUCACAUGGUCGAUGAUGUUUUCUUGAAGACAAUCACAGAAAAGAAGACGAUAGAAGACAUUGAGAGACACAGGCGUCUAAUUACUGAGUACCAUGCAAGACCCAAACCAGUGGAAGAUCAGAAAUGGGAUGUAACCAUUAGAAAUUAUCCCGUUGAAAUGCCAGAACCUCCAGAUUGGGAAAACUUCUCAGAUAUUUCUUCAGCUUCCGGUUUGACCCUAACGCCGAAACCAGAAAGAGCUACUAUGAGUCUACCACCACAGAAUUUGAUUGUUGAUGACAAAUUGCCAUUAAAUGCUCCAGAGAUUGUUGCUAAUUUGGGCCAGUCACCUCCACCUACAAGAUAUACUUCAUCUAUGGAAGUACAAACGCAGGACCAGACUUACCUUUCGAUGUUCAACAUACCUCCGCAAAAUGCGGAAGUGCCAAACUGGAACGUACUUAUUAGGGUCUUCCAACCCACGGAGAAUGAAGAAGGUCCAGUGAUAGAAAGUGCCGAAACGUUUAAUUCUCAAUUAACUACCGCCGACAAGAUAAAAUGGCGACAAAUCAUCACCACCGAAUCGACAUUACGUACUUUGCUCACCGAAUGUGUGGUUAGAGAAGAUUAUGAAAGAGUCCGGAGUGAUUCCAGAUAUACGAAUUUGUUUGAACCGCCUAAAUGGGAUGUUAUCAUACGAAUUUUAGCUCCGCCCGAUAAACCUAAGAGUAGGAAAUGGGAUAACAGGAGCAGACGUAGUAGUUUACCAACUCUUUACGAAUAUGAAUCUGACGGAGAAAGCUCUGUUCGUACUCUUACUCGAGAACCACUCGUCCUUCCCCAACGAUCAAGAAAGAACUCGAGAUCCAGCUACAGAAGCGAAGCUGACUUAAGGUCAAUGUCAGAAGUAACUGUUGAUUUUGGAAGACAAGAUAAUUUCUCCGAAACGUCAAGUUACUACCCCGACAAACGAUAUUACGAAGAUUCCGAAACCGGCCAUCCAUCUCUUGCAAGGUCACUAAGUCAACCUAGUUUGGCUAGAUCAGCGAGCGAAUUUACAGAGAGAUGGGUGGCUCCGUCUAGAUACGAUACAGCCAGCGAAUUCACGUCACCCGAAGGUACACCAAAAUCUCAGCGCAGUUCGAGAUUUCAUCCCAGAGGUGGCGAGCAAAGGGCUGUUUGGCAGACCAGCCAAGCGAGUACGAGCGCAGGACCUCACGGUAGUACGCAAAUGGUGACUCAAGAAUACAGAAGCGAAGCGUCCGCCAGUUUUGCUGGACGAGGUUCCAGACCACCUAAAGGUUGGUUUGGCGAUAACGAUAGCGAAGCUAGCUACAAAUAAUUCGAAGCCUUUUCCAGAAUACUAAAAGAUAUUAACGGCCUGAAAGCAGUUACUUGCUUAAUGCUUUUAGAAGUGUUUAUAAAAUCACUGGAGAUCAGUCGAUAUGUUUAAACCAUUUGAAGGAAAAAGUGCAAUGUAAAGUUUGGAUGUUUACAACUUUAAGUUAAUGUUGGUAUUGGAACUUUUCUUUGUAGGUUACGAUUGUUUGCAUAAAAUCAAUUAAUAAAAUAAACUUUUGGAUAAAAUUAUUGCUUUUCAGAAAAAUUUUUAAUAUUAAUAAAUCAGUUAAUGUAUAAUUAUUUUUAGAGCCCUGGAGAGGGCUAAAUAAAUAAUAGAAACGUUGGUAUGAGAAAAGUUCCAGUAUGAUAGUUUCCAGUAGAUAUUUAAAAGUACCACGUUUUCGGAUGAAAUAUUCGAAAACAAAACUCGUUUGCUAUAAACUUAUACUGCCAAGAAAACUUUGUAAAAUUGUGUCGACUGCCGUACCAGUUGAAAGGAACUGGCCCUGCAGUUGAUGUGUUGAAAGAUAUCUAAUUAUAAAAUUUAUAUAUUAAAGAAAAUGGAGUUUGAUCCAUUUGUCUUAAUACCAAUAUUCCUAUUAAUGUGCUAAUUGAAUAAAUAAAUAAAAAAUUGUACAAUGGCAAACUGAUAAUUUUGUAAAUUUGGAGAACAAUUAUAGGUUAUUAAUUGUUAAAUACACUUCCAGUACAACAAUUUUAAGGUUGUUGAAGUGGUAUUUUAUAGCCAUAGUAAAAAAAAUACAGCUGAAGAACUUGCUCACAAGUAUACAUACAGGGUGUCCCAAAUUGUUUUACCCAGACUAUACAUUCUAAACCAUGCAAGAUAAUCGAAACGGACAAAAGUAAUCCAUUAUGAUUGGCGUUGUUCUUUGAAAAAAAUAAAAAUUUGACGACCCACUCUCAAAAACUACCCCCCUGGAACAACCCUCUCAAAAAUUAUUAGCGUCACCCUAAUUUUGUUCUGCUUAUUUUUGUAGUCGCUACUGUUCUCUGUAUAAAAUUUUGAAAUCGCUUUAUAAAUAAGUAAGAAAUUAAAUAAAACUGUAUGUCAAGUUGAUGAUAAAAAAUACUUUAUUAGGUGACACAUAAUUAAAAAAAUACAUCGAAACAAGAGAAGGAGAAGACAAAAAAUAAAUAUCAACAAACAAAGAGUAGUAAUAACUUAUAAUAAGUGCUCAAAUUGCCCACCUCCCACACAUUUGUCAAACCUUAACAAUAAAUUUCUAGUACAGGCAGCUCGAAUCAUGGCCGGUGUAAAUCUGUUACAAGCAUGUCUGAUUUUAUUUUUUAAAUCUUCCAAGUCCUCUGGUUUUAUAAUUGGAUAAUUGGAUAAUUGGAUAAUUGGAUAAUUGGAUAAUUGGAUAAUUGGAUAAUUGGAUAAUUGGAUAAUUGGAUAAUUGGAUAAUUGGAUAAUUGGAUAAUUGGAUAAUUGGAUAAUUGGAUAAUUGGAUAAUUGGA